CGGGUUGUGCAGAAGGUGAGAUCACGUCGGAAGGAGAGUGUUUUGUUCCACUGCCCGGACCAGAGACAUGGGAAGGGGCAGUUCUCGCUUGCCAGGAUAUCGGAAUGGAACUGGCUUCCAUUCUUAGCGAACAACAGUUCAUUGACAUCCGCGAGCACUUAAAUGAUGCACUUGACGGUGACUAUUGGACAGGACUGAACGAUCAAGAGGUUGAAGGAUGUUUGGAUGCUAGCAGUGUGAUAUGCGAAGAAGUUCUCGCGCAAAUUGUGAAAACAAAUCAAAAAAUGACAAGGCGAAUCUCAAUUUCUAGAAAUCCUUAUGUAAAUUACUUAACAGCAGGGGAGAGUGAUGCUUUAUGGAUUGGUCUCAGUCAGAAUUUGUUGCCAACGUCCCCGACAGAUGAACUGACUUGGUUUGAUGGAACAACGUACGACUUUACACAGAUGCAAAAUGGUGCUGAUCUGAGUGGUGUCAAAUGCGUUCUCGACACGGCCACCCCCGGCGAGUGGCAGCCUGUGGAAUGCAACGAACUGCACGGUUUUAUUUGCGAAAAAUCGCCGACAUCUGAGACGGUAUGCCCUGGCGACAAUAUGCUGAGGCUAGGAGACACGUGUUAUACGAUUGCCGAAGGUCCAAUUACGUCUCCCCGUGCGACUUUGAAAUGCCUAGAGGGCGGUGCAGAGCCUGUGUUGAUACACAAUGAGUAUAUUCAAUAUCUAUUGCAUUGGUACGUGACUAACAAUGGUUUUCAGACGGAGAGUUUCUGGAUCGGUUUAUCAGAUGCGGAAAACGAGGGUAACCAUAUUUGGUACGACAACAGCGCCCUCGUUUAUCAAAACUGGGCUGAGGGUCAGCCUGACAAUGCAGGAAACGAUGAUUGUGUGAAGCUCGACUGGGAAUGGGACUUUGCUUGGAGUGACGCAAGAUGCUCAGAAACAUACAACUAUAUAUGCGAAUUUGCAUCAACGCCGUGUGAGCACUCAAGUGACUGUCCAGAACUCGCAGAAUGUUCCCUGGGUCAAUGCAAAUGUCAGAGUGGCUACACAGGAAAUGGAUUGGACUCAUGUACAG